AUGCAUUUCUGUUUCUGUCUGUCUUUUUCUUCAAUGCAUUUCUUGUUUCUAUCUUUUCUUGUCUUCUUUAAUGCAUUUCUGUUUUAUCUGUCUCUUUUCAAUGCAUUUCUUUUCUGUCUGUCUCAUUUUGCAAUUUCUUUUUUCUGUUUCUGUCUUUUUCAAUGUCAUCUGUUUCUAUCUGUUUCUUCUUCAAUUUUUCUGUUUCUGUCUUUUUUUCUUCAAUGCAUUUCUGUUUUUCUGUCUUUUCUUUCUGUGCAUUUCUGUUUCUCAUCUGUCUUUUCUUCAAUGCAUUUUUUUGUCUGUCUUUUCUUUAAUGCAUUUUGGUUUUUCUGUCUCUUUUUCAAUCAUUUCUUUUCUGUCUCUCUUUUCUUGUUUGCAUUUCUGUUUCUGUCUGUCUUUCUGUCAAUCUCAUUUCUGUUUCUUUCUUCUCUGCUUUGCAUUUCUGUUUCUGUUGUCUUUGUCAAUGCAUUUUGUCUGUUUCUUUCAUUUUUGUUUCUGUUUCUGUCUUUUUCUUCAAUGCAUUUUGUUUCUUUCUGUCUUUUCUUCAAUGCAUUUCUGUUUCUAUCUGUCUUUUCUUUCAAUGCAUUUCUGUUUCUAUCUGUUUUCUUUCAUCUUUCUUUUUUUUCUUUAAUGUUUCAUGUCUGUUUUUUUCUUUCAUUUUUCUGUCUUUUCUUAAUGCAUUUCUGUUUGUCUUUUUCUUCAUCUCAUUUCUGUUUUUUCUGUCUUUUCUUUUCUUUCUGUUUUUUUCUGUCUUUUCUUUUUUGUUUUUUCUGUUUUUUUCUGUCUUUUUUUAAUGCAUUUCUGUUUUGUUUGUCUUUUCUUUAA